GAGGAUAUCACUUUGUUGAUUUUCUUUGUAGCAUUAAGUGAAUAUAAUAUGUCCCUGGCCGAAGAUCAGGAAAUGAAUCGAAUGACAGAAUCUCUGAAACUCUUUGCAUAUAUUUGCAACGGUCAAUGGUUUGCAGACACCAGCAUUGCUCUCUUUCUCAAUAAAAAAGAUCUUUUUCAGGAUAAGAUAAGGAAAUUCCCAUUAUCUGUAUGCUUUCCAGAGUAUUCGGGUGGCGACAAUUACGAUGAGGCCUCGCAAUACAUACGACAACGUUUUGAAGGUUUGAACAACAGAGUCGGAGUGAAAGAGAUUUACACUCACUUUACCUGUGCCACUGAUACUAGCAAUGUCCAAUUUGUCUUCGAUGCUGCUAUUGAUGUUAUCAUCAAGAGUAAUUUGAAGGAAUGUGGUCUCUUUUGA